CACAUGUUGCUAAAAAUGGCUCGAUUAAAAUCUUUCAAGAUCUAAGCCAAGGAAGAAAAGUAUGGAAAAGAUACCAUCAAAAGCUUCAAGAGUUAGCGAUGCGAUAUCGACCACCGAUUCUUGUCCAGAAACCAACUGUGCACGUGGAAGUAAAAAAAAUGACGGGGCCUGUGCGCCGUGCUGUGUCACCAAAUUACCUGGAAAAGUUUCAUCGAGGAGAUCAAAAUCCAUGAUGACUGACAGUGAUUUCGAAAAAAUCAAGGAUCAACUGCGCAAAGCCAGAAAAAAGCUAGACGAAGCCGUCGCCAUGGUCAGCAGAACUGUUUCUUCCUCUUCCUACGCUUUUUCCGCCGGCAGAUUGACCUCCGAAACCGACGCUUUCCCUAGUUCCAGCUACAAUGCGGCUAGAACUUCUAAAAAGCCUUCCUUUGAACCCACAAAAUUCCACAAUUUCCAGAAUUGCCCGCUAAGGGACAUGACGAACAUGACGAGUGCGUACAACAGGUUUAAAAACACCACUGAAAGUGCACUAUGCUUGGACUCGUGCUCGAGUGUGCAAAUACCACCUUGCGUUUCCAAAGAAGCCUUAAAAAAGAAACCAGAACAGCAACAAAGCUUCUUCAGAAGAACAAUAGACCUCAAUCCAUCCACAACAACUUGCACUCCCAUGCUUCCAUGCGAUAUACCCUCAAUAACAUCGAGACGAGAAGUGCCUCCUCCAUCAUCGGCCAAAAGUUUACCAACUUCCUCUACCAAGAUCGACGGAAGUCAGCGCAGAAUUAACUUGAACAGAGGCUUCAUUGAUUUUACCGCUUCCAAAGACGAAAGAUAUCGAAGGCCUAGGGAAAAGGACGAUAGAAAAGGUAACAUAGAUUGCGCAACGAAGCAGGCCAGAAGCGGGGAAUUCAACGCCUUGUGCUCGACGAUGUGCCUAAAUAUGGAUCCUCCACCUUGCACCAUAGAAGAGACCCUGAAAAAAAGAUCAGAAGAACUUCAAAAUUUAGUGCGCACGCUAUCUGCAAGCGCAAAUUUGUCUUCUGUACCCUGCACGCCCAUGCUUCCCUGUGACAUGCUCCCUGACAGCGGGUAUGUGAGGUUCAACAGAAACAUUGAUAGGAAGCGAAUGAACAUGUGCAAAGCAAGUCAAACGGAUGCUUUAGAUCCGUUAUGUUCCAAUAUGUGCCUGAACACUGAUCCACCGCCCUGCAAAGCAGAAGAAAUUCCUAAUAGAUAUACAGGAGUGCAACCUAGCUCAUAUAGGCCAUCAGCAAGUCCAAAACCAACUACCUCGGUGACACCAGGACAAAGUUGUGUUUCUGCUGCCGUGCAGUCAGAAAGGAGUCUACCAACUUCCUCCACGAAAAUCGAGGAAAGUCCACCAACAACCAACAACGAGUUAAACUCAACACCUGAGGCCGAGGUCAAGCAAACCAAAACGAAUGAAGGUGAAGCUAAUACUGGUAAAAAGGAACCUCCUAUGAAGCAAGAUAUAAAAGAUGUUACUUUGGCACCUAAUAAUGAACCAUUGGAAAUUAAGAAAGAUUCUAAAAACAGCGAAAAUGAUACGAAAGUGAGAAACCAAGAUGAAGCCGAACAAAACGCAAAUGAAGAAAAUCAAAACGAACCUGAGAAAAAACAAGAGGAUAAAAAAUUGUCGCAAAACUGCAGCACAGACCCUUCAUCAUGCACACUGGAGGAACACCUGAGAAAGAAAUCCAUGAAAGGGAAAGAUUCCUUGGACAGGUUACCAAGUGCUUUUGCAGUCCCCUGUAAACCCAUGUUUCCUUGUGAAAUUCCUUCUGUGGCAUCAAGGAAAGACAUCGAUCGUCCACCACCACCAUGGUCGACAAAAAGUUUACCCACUUCCUCUACGAGAAUCAUUGAAACCCUACAAAGUAGUAGCUCUUCCUCUAGAACAAACGACAACAGCGGAUAUAGAUUUAGGGAUGAUAUUGACGUUGAUAGAAGACAAGCAGACAAACAGUUUACAUCGAGUCGAAUCCACGGUUCAGGCAUCUAUGAUACAUAUAUCGUGAACCCAUCACCCUACGCGUCACAAGAAACUUCAACUAUGGUGAUAGGGACGCAGCAAAGCUCACAUGAGCCAUUGGCAAAAUCAAGUUCAUUCGUCGUUCCAUGUACCCCCAUGUUUCCAUGCGACAUACCUUCGAUAAUGUCAAGAGAGAAAGUUUGGACAGACGAAGAUGACGAAGGCAGAAAGCCAGUUGUGGAGAUUCCAUUUACUAAAAGAAUUAUUUUAGGUUCCAAAACCAACGCUGGCAAAUGUGAUUCAUUUUCAAACCAAGAUGUUGCUGCAUCAUGCAGUAAGAAUGAAUUCAAUUUCAAAACUAAUAGUGACAAGAAUUCAGGAUAUAAACCCGACCAAUUUGUUAAGAACAAAAGCGUUAUAGGCAAAGAUGGCAGAUUCGUCAGUAAUCAAAACCAAAUGGUGAAGACUAUACUGAAAUCUACUUCGGAAGAAUAUACCAAUGAUCCGAUGACGAAGCCACGUGACGUAGAGAAGAAAGUAUCUAAGACGCAUAGAGUUGUAUUUCAGAACAAAUAA